GAUGGCCUUAAAAACUGGCAAACAUUUUCAAGAUCUUUAAUGCAAACAUUAAUCCUUUAGUAAUAGGAAAUAACUGGUUUAAGAAGACUCAGUUGCAGAGAGAGCAGCAUUCCUCCUUACUGGAUAAAAACAACAGAAAGGGCCAAAUGAGGACGCCCCAGACACCAUACAGGGGCCGUGCCAGCAAAAGUUACGCUUUUACUGAUCUAAGAAAUUGGAUAUUGGGCUUUUUUUUUUCCUCUUUGGUUUAAGACAAGUGUUAAUUCGAAACUGAGUUUGCAAACCAGGAUCCCAAAGGCUGAAACUAGUCCUUGACUGUGAUCCUCAGUUUUUAGGAGAAUUUAAGUUAGUUGCCAAUGGUUAUAAAUGGAAAGAUUUCUCAUAAAACUCCCCUUGAAAAGCUGCGUGGUGGCUCUUUUCGGUCAGGACAGCUGCUUAUCAUUCCUCACUUGACAGCUUGACUCAUAGCAGUUACCUGCCUGGUCUCCUUAGGUGUGCAGGUUGCGCCCUUUGGCCUGAACGGCAGGCUCUGCUUGCACAUGCAUAUGUCGUGUGUCAGCCAGGAAUGGGGCGUCUGGUUUUGUGGUUUGGGUGGCACCAUCUGUCAUCCUUCCAGAUAACAUGGAGUGGCUGGGGGUACCCCUUUGUUUGCCUCUGCCAUGAGGCCCUAGCUGGGCUGUUUCCCUGCGAUCCUCCGCGCUGAGUAGGGGAUGGAAACAUAGCCUGGGCACACCUCCAUUCCUGCUCAGUGGGUGGGAAGACUUCCGGGUGGGGCAGGCUGGAUUAAUUGAUUGCCCACACCAUAGAUCGAAGCCCUGGCAUACCUAGUGGCUCCUGUGACCAAAGUAGGCUGAUCAUGGUGCCCUUAAAUGACUUUGUUCCAUGUCACGUUUGUGCUGGCUCAGAUUUCAGCUCCACGCUGUAAGACCACUUUCCCGAGUUGCUGCACCCACUGGGUUGGAAUCUGCUUUAUGCUGACACCCAAGGAAACGUCGUCUAGUUUGGGGCAUUGGCUGGAGCAGAGCAACGCUUUGGGCAGACUUUCCAGAUUUCCCUGUGGCUGCAAACUCUGAAGCCUGCAUUGUUUUUGAAGGCCCUGCUUGGUGCCAGACUUUCCGCAGGAGUUACUGUUGUCAGCUGUUAAUGACGGUCCAGUUUGGAAUACAUAGUGUGUGAAUUCUUGCUUUACCUGGUUCUUGAGUCUAGAGCUGUGUUAAUUCAGUGCCCACUAGUCACGUGCAGCAAUUAAGUUUAUAUUAAUUAAAAUUAAAUAACGUGAAAAAUUCAGCUCCUCAGUCACAGUAUUCACAUUUCAAGUGCCUGGUAGCAACACACGCCUCGUGGCUAAUAUAUUGCACACUGCAGAUAGAGAACAGAAAGGUCAGCGCUGGUCUAGACCAAAACAGGAGAGGGGUGGAAAUAGCAAAAUGAGAGCUGCUUGCAUGUUGAUUUUUCUCUUCGGUCCAUUAGAUCUAGGGAACCCACAGUGUUUGUAAUGAAGAACAUCAGACCCUGAGCUGUAACCUGAAUUCUUGUCCAAAACUCCGCACACUGGCAGCAGGCACAACAAACAGAUUGCCACUUGUCCUGUCGGCCUCUUUGAGACAAACUGGCCUGUCUGGGAAGGCGCGGUGCAGGUAUCUGUGUGUUCUGCUGCUUGGGUGCCAACCUGGGCCAGCUCACAGAGUCCCCCCCGUCCCAUGUGGGCUGCCGGGCCCCCGAGCGUCCCUCCCUCGUUCUCUGUGACUGCUGAAUGUGAGCGCAGCCCGUGAGGAUGCACGGGAUCUGAUCCUGAUCACGGUGUGAGGCGGCAGCACCGUCUAAGGGCCUGGAGUGUUCAGGGGGCCGGGUGUGCUACACUGAGUGCUCAGGUUUUAGGGUGAAACCACUUUUUGUGGCCUUUCCCCUCCCCGGCUCAUGCAGGUGUCUGCUCCAGCGUUUCUAGGCAGCCAGUUCUGUGGGACUACUUCCACAUCUUCUGUGCUACACUUUAUUCCCGGGGACUGGGCCCUCCUCUGCUGUAAUCUUUGAACUGGAUGGAUGUGGCUCUGGCUGGCUGGUGGAGGGUUUAGUUCCCAGAACAGGUGGACCACGAGCCACUUGGGCAGGUGGCUAACAUUCCCAGGGCGACGUUCCCCUCAUUCUGACCUGGUCAUUUCCUUUAGAGCUGAGGACCUCCAGGGGAUUUGGAUGUUUUCUUGCUCUUGAGUUUCUUUCCUCCUGGUCUGUACGAGUCGUGCCAGUACAGCAUCUGCACCCAGGUCCGCGGGUGUGCAGUCCUGAGGGUGUGGGUCCCGCUCAGCUGGCUGCCAGAAGGUUCUGAUCCUGGAAGUUGGAUGUUGUAGGUUAGGGUCUGCUGGGGUUGGUCCUCUGGGGUGGACCUCCAUUUUCCUUGAUUCAUUCAAGCCGUCGGGGUUCCAGCGGCAGUAACUCGUGCCUCUGUGGUUCAGUCCUUCAGGCCUGACUUUCUGAAGGAGGGAGGGUGGUCUUGUGUCCUGAACCGGGCCUCUGCACUGGCUCCUGGGCUGUCCACUAGGGCAGCCACUGGCCACUUGCGGCUGUCAAAGCAUUGGAAAUGUAGCUGGUGUGUCUGAGGAACUGAAAUUUUUUUUUUUUUUUUUUGGCUGUGUCCGGUCUUCGUUUCUGGGCGAGGGCUUUCUCUAGUUGUGGCGAGCGGGGGCCACUCUUCAUCGCGGUGCGCGGGCCUCUCACUGCCGCGGCCUCUCACUGUCGCAGUCUCUCUUGUUGCGGAGCACAAGCUCCAGACACACAGGCUCAGUAGUUGUGGCUCACCGGCCUCGUUGCCCCGCGGCAUGGGGGAUCUUCCCAGACCAGGGCUCGAACCCGCGUCCCCUGCAUUGGCAGGCAGAUUCUCAACCACUGCGCCACCAGGGAAGCCCAUGAACUGGAUUUUAAAUUUCACUCAAUUUUACUUAAGUUUUAACAGUGCUUGGGCCUUACACUGGGUGGCGCUUUGCAGCCGUCACCUUGUUUGCGCGCCCAGCCCAUCCCAUCUCACCCCAUCUUCACUCUGCGAGCUGGGGCCUUUGCACCGUUUGACACGAGGGAAGCUGGCUCAGAGCAGCAAGCGGUUUUGUCCUUGGACACAAAGCCAGUGAGUGACUGAGAGGAACCGGAAUCCAAGGCCUCUCGGCUCCCACUCUUGGUGUGCCGUGGUCUUGUCCCCAAAGCAGAGUUGCCCGGUCCCUGGAGCACCACGGGGAGCCUGUUCCCUGGCACGUGGCUUCCUCUGAAACAACGAGAAUGUCAGGUGCCAGUUUGGAAACGUCCUCGGUAUUUGGAGCUACAGGCCUGUGCCUUUCAGUCCUAACUGGCCUUUUGAAUCCACAGCACAGGAGUUUACUGCUUUGCUUGGCUCCCAAGGAGGUGAUUUGGGGUUUGUCAAAAGUGGAUUUCCCUAGACCGGGGAUGCAGCGGUGGCACCAUCCGGCAUGUCACAGCUGGUCACGUGACCCUGUGCUUAUUGGGUGAAAAGCAACCUGAUGCAUGGACCUAGUUUAAUUUUCAGCCACGGGUGCUCUUAAUUACUGUUAAUUGUUUUUCGUCUCCUCUCAGUCCUUUCAAACGUACUUUCUCUAAGUCUGUUGGGAACCUGUCAAAUUCAGGCCCAGGGUGGGGUGGGGCGGACCAGACUGUGAUGAAAACAGUCACUGCCCUCAAGGAGCUUGGCAUCACCUCCUCCUCUGUUUGAGCCGAGACUGUGAGCCCAGGGCCGCUCCAGGAAGGGGCCUUAAAGCAGGUGUUUGGGUCGGUUCUUCUGGUUCCAGCAGGACCAGAAAAGGUGGUGGGUUGCAGGGCCAGUGCCCACUGGAGCAGGAGGGGGGCCCCCCUCUCCUUGGCUGGGAGGGCCUGCCCUGUCUGCUCUCUUCCACCCCAAGGGAUACAGAGCUAUUGGACAGGAUUUUUUUUAAUGAAAAAAUUUAUAAUUAAUUUUCCCAUUAUAAAAGAAACACGUUUAUUUUUUGUUUUUGAAAAAUACGGAAAACUAAAAUUUAAAAGUUACCUGUUGGGCCACCAUCCAGAGAAAACAAACCAUUAUUGGCCUUUUUUUAUGCGGAGCAUCUUUGAUGCUUCCCACCGGAUGUUUUGUCUUGGAAUUUUAAAAAUUAUGUGUUAAACCCAUCAAAAGUAUGUCUUUACCAUAUGAAAAGUUAUAAACUUGCUACCGUAUGUACAACCUUGGGAACAGGAGGCUAAAUGAAGGAAUCAGCUCCAAAGCCCACAUGCCACGUGAUGCAUUCCUGCAGAACACCCAGAAGAGGCGGCUACACAGUCAGAAACAUCGUUCACAAUAGCUAGAAGGUGGAAGCAACCUAUCGAUGGAUGGAUGGAUAACGAAACGUGGUCUAUACACACAGGGAAUAUUACUCAGCGUUAAAAAGGAAGGAAAUUGACACUUGCUGCAACGUGGAUGAACCUUGAGGACAUUAUGCUAAGAAGCCAGCCACAAAAAAAGAUACUGUGUGACUCCACUUACAUGAGGUCCCUCCCUGAGCAGCCAGAUUCAUAGACAGAAUGUAGAAGGGUGGGGUGGGGUGGGGUGGGGUGGGGUGGGAGUUGUGGUUCAUCGGGGACAGAGUUUCCGUUGCGUAAGACAAAGAAGUUCUGGAGAUGGGUUGCCCGACAGCGUCUAAGUGUACUUAACCUGACUGAACUGGACACGUAACACGACAUUUACAGAUAGUAAAUGUCGUGUUAUGUGUAUUUUACCAUAAUUUAGAAAAAAAUAAACCAAGUGCUAGCGUCUCCCUGGCCCACACUUCCCUCCCAAGCGCAGGCAGCAGCCACCUUAACUCCUGAAAUCCUCCACCGUCUCCGUGACAGCACGUGCUUGGUCCUGCAUGCUCCUGAACCGUGCGUGUGUGUGCGUGUGUGUGCGAGAGGCGUUCACGGGUGUGGUGCGCCCACUUCCCCUUCAGGGUCGGGAGGGACUGGGCGGCUGUGCCUCCACGGCUUUCCCUCCCUUGGCCGAGUCGCGGUGUCUUUCUCUCUGCUCUCGAGGCUUCUGCUCUCACCAGAGUGCUGCUUUGAACGUUCUUGUGCACCCCUGACUUUGGGAGCUGUCUCCAGACUUUGUGGGUCCCAUGUCUGAGGCUCCUGUAAUCCCAGGUUCCUUCAGGACUGGCUUCGAGAUGGCGUGGGAUCCCCAGGGCCGGAUUCUGCGCUGGCAAAAUGAGGGUGAGCCUGUCGGCCACAGACUGUUACAUCGUGCAUGAGAUCUACAGCGGGGAGAAUGCCCAAGACCAGUUUGAGUACGAGCUGGAGCAGGCCCUGGAAGCCCAGUACAAGUACAUCGUGAUCGAGCCCACCCGCAUCGGGGACGAGACAGCCCGCUGGAUCACGGUGGGCAACUGCCUGCACAAGACCACCGUGCUGGCGGGUACCGCCUGCCUCUUCACCCCGCUGGCGCUGCCCCUGGAUUACUCGCACUAUAUCUCCCUGCCCGCGGGCGUGCUGAGCCUGGCCUGCUGCACCCUCUACGGCAUCUCCUGGCAGUUCGACCCCUGCUGCAAGUACCAGGUGGAGUACGACGCCUACAAACUGUCCCGGCUGCCCCUGCACACGCUCACCUCCUCCAGCCCGGUGGUGCUGGUCCGCAAGGACGACUUGCACAGAAAGAGACUGCACAACACGGUAGCGCUGGCGGCCCUGGCGUACUGUGUAAGGAAGAUUUACGAGCUCUGCGCCGCGUGAUCGGGGCCGAGCGGGGCGGGCAGCCGGCCCGCGGGGCGGCAGGGCGGAGCCCGCGAAGGCGUCCGGCUGCACGCUGGUUACAUUAAAGACAUACCAGAGCGCACGUGUGCCAGGGGGUUUUCAGCUCAUCACACUAAGAUGUGGAGUCCCGUGACCCCCGGGGGCCUGAGGCUGCGGAAGGCCGACCAGGCAGCAUGAUGCGACGGAAGCAACGCCGCUGAGGGGAUGUGAACGCGCUCGGGGGGUCGUUAAGUAUGUUGUUUAACUGUACCAUCCAGAGCCAACCAGAAGCUAUUGACCAUUAAAAUUAUGAGAAUUUCA